UCCUUCGCAACCAUCGCCAUGAACAGCGUCGGGGAGGCGUGUACAGACAUGAAGCACGAGUACGACCAGUGCUUCAAUCGCUGGUUUGCUGAGAAGUUCCUCAAGGGGGACGGCUCCGGGGACCCGUGCACCGACCUCUUCAAGCGUUACCAGCAGUGCGUUCAGAAAGCAAUAAAGGAGAAGGAGAUUCCUAUUGAAGGACUGGAGUUCAUGGGCCAUAGCAAAGAAAAGCCUGAAAACUCUUCUUGACCUUGACAGACACCUUGCAGUUGUACCCCCUCCAAUCAGGAAACUGAGGACCCUGGAUUUGUCCACUGAGAUUGUGAAGAUGACCAUUGGAUUUGAUGUGGUGUUUAGUUUGCUUCCUCAUUUGUAAGAGGAUGAACCAACCACCAUUCUGCUUCGAGAUGAUCUCUCACUUGCUCUAGCAUCUUGCAGGAACUCAUUGUGCUGAGAGGAACAAUUUCUUGGGACUAUGGGUGCAAUAUUUGGUCUAGCAUCAGCUUUAAAUAUACCUUGUAGGUAAAUAAUGAUGACCUAGCCAGGAUGAUCAAGGUUGCCUGACCUCUUGAUUUUUGCUGCAAAUGAUAUGGCAUACACUGUACUGGGGUCAUUCUUCAUCAAAGCAGUAGG